CCAAUCAGAUGGCAAGUCACAACCUAUGGCAGACUAUAAAUUGGCCCUGUAUUUGCCCUGAGGGUGUCUUUUCCCUACCGCUGGGCAUGUCUAGCAUCAUGUCUGGAUCGGGAAAGCAGGACAGCGAGUCUCGCCCCAAGGCUGUAUCUCGCUCCUUCAGGGCUCAGCUGCAGUUCCCCGUGAGCCGCGUGCAUCGCCUGCUGCAUAACGGCAACUACGCGGAGCGCAUCGGCGCCGGCGCAUCAGUGUACAUGACGGCGGUGCUGGAGUACCUGGCGGCCGAGAUCCUGGAGCUGGCAGCCAAUGCAGCGCGCCACAACAAGAAGACCCGCAUCGCCCCGCGCCACCUGCAGCUGGCCAUCCGCAACGACGAGGAGCUCAGCAAGCUGCUGGGCAAGGUGACCAUCGCGCAGGGCGGCGUGCUGCCCAACAUCCAGGCCGUGCUGCUGCCCAAGAAGACCGAGAGCUACUACCAGAAAGGCCAGCGGAAGUGACCUGCAUCCCGGGAGAGGAAACGCUCAGAAACCAAAGGCUCUUUUCAG